ACUCUAGCUCCUUCAGCUGAACGAGCUUUUAACAGUUCUUUUAAUAAGUGAUAAAUAAAGUAAAUAAAAAUCGUUCAAAGCGAUAAUUGAAUUAAAGUGUGAUUUCUCAAAGGAUUCCAACAAUAAAAUGAUGAAUUUUCUCCGUAGAACUACAAAUUUGAAUGGAAUGCAAUUGCUUCUAAUUCUUCUCAUUUCAUUUGCCGCAAGGACAUUUUGUGCCGUGACAGAAGAAGAUAUCUCUGCAGCUAUGUAUGAAGCUGGCACGAACAGAUAUUGUGGCGACAAACUGAACAAGGCCAUAAAAUACUUCUGUAAAGCUCACAACAAAGCUUUAAUACUCCAGCAAAUGUCCAUUCAUAAGAAGACGCUGGAUAAUAGCGGAUUCGACUUUGAAUCAUUUGACUUAGAUAGAGUUGAUGAUGCCGGUGACUUUGGACGAUCUCGAUACAAUGUAGACGAUUCGUAUUACUCAAACGAUCUUCAAUUUAUGUGGCCAUCGCAAGCUCAUCGACGAAGACGAGGCGUUAUAGAAGAAUGUUGUAAGAGAGCGUGUCAUCCAUCAGACUUGAUUCGCUACUGUCCACAAUAAGUCAAGUGCUGCACCCAUUACAUUGGAAUUUAUGAUAUGACGAACGCUGGCCUUUGAACUAUGCCUUACUCUCUCUCAAUCUGUCUCUCUCUCUCUCACUCACACCAAGCUCGUGCUUCUAAACGCAUUCUUCUCUCUUUGUCUCUCUUUCUAUAUAAAUCAAAUCAAGGGGUAAUUCAUCGGAAAAAUUGGCCGGUAAACGUACCAUUGAAAUUAAAGCACUUGGGCAAUUUCAAGAAAACUAAACAAGUUCUUGGAAAAAGGACAUUUUUUGGAAAAGCGCGAGUGCUCUUCGAAGCGUCAUUUAGAGACAGCUGUCAAACAACGAUGAGUUACCCCUUUAAUGAAAUAUUAUAAAAAUCUCUCUAAAACGUAAAUUAUCUAAUUAAGAUAUGAAUUUAUUUGCAUUAGUUGAAAGAUGAAGAGAAACGAUGUAAAGGAAGAAAAAAGUAUUUUAAUUACUAAUAUUUUUCGUUAUAAUUUAGGAAAUUUUAAGUUACAUUCAUAAUAGAAAUAUUUCUUAGUUGUUAUAAGAAACUAUGAUUAAAUAUCUUAAUUUGAAAUUAUUUUAUUCUUAAAAAUUUGUUCGGGAAAUUAAUGAUAUGAAUUUUCGUAGCCCCAGAAAAUAAUCUUUAAUUUUUCUUAUCAUUUUGCUAUGAAUUAACUGCUCAUGGGAUUGAAAAUAUUAAAAGGUGGAAAAUAGUUUAGGUUUUUUAUUAUAAUUUGUAGAACUUUACUUUUAAUUUGUAACCUUUGUCAUGUCUAGAUGAAUUUAUUGAUGGAAAUUUCCUGAAAUGUGAGUCACGUUAAUUCUGUUGAAGGCACAGAAAAAAUUGUAUCCGAUGGUUAAGGAAUGAAAAUAUUUACAAAAAAGAAAACAAAGAAAU